AUGUUUGUUGCUCUAAAUUCGGAUUCUGUGGAACUACAGAUGAAUUCUGCGCUGAUAAAUGUCAAAGUGCCUUUGGAACAUGUGGCUCGGUAUCAGAACCUUCUUGCUCUAGCUCUGGUUCUGCGAAAAAGAACGAUUGGAUACUAUGAAGGAUGGGCUUCGCAAAGACCAUGCGAUAUACGCUUCCCAUCUGAUAUUGAUGUCACUGCUAUGACACAUAUCAACUUCGCGUUUGUUUACUUUCACCCUACAACCUUUAAAAUUGUCCCAAAGGACGCAAGUGAUGUUCCCCUCUAUUCCCAAUUCACAGCUCUUAAGGAAAAAAAACCAUCUCUCCAAACAUGGGUCUCUAUCGGAGGUUGGGCAUUUAAUGACGCCACUAACUCGCCUAAUACCCAAAUGGCUUUCAGCGAUAUGUCAUCAAGUGCAACAGGUCGCAAAGCUUUCAUCGCAUCUUUGAUUCAAUUCAUGAGCAAUUAUGGCUUUGAUGGAGUAGACCUCGAUUGGGAGUAUCCAGCAGCGGACGAUCGUGGCGGCGUUGAAGCUGACACGGGUAACUUUGUUCUGCUUCUCAAUGAUAUGAGGGCGGCCUUCAACGGAAAGUAUGGAAUCAGCGUCACGUUACCAUCCUCUUACUGGUAUCUUCGUUGGUUUGACAUUAAAUCCAUGGAGAAAUCAGUGGACUUCUUCAAUUUCAUGUCAUAUGAUAUUCACGGUGUCUGGGAUUCGUCAAGCAAGUUCGCCGGCCCCUAUGUACGCCCCCACACCAAUUUGACAGAGAUUCGACUGGGUCUGGACUUGCUCUGGCGCAACAAAAUAUCUCCAUCCAACGUCAAUCUGGGCCUGGGAUGGUAUGGUCGCUCAUUCACUCUCAAAGACCCAUCAUGCAAUACCCCCGGAUGUAUAUUCAGCGAAGGCGGGGCCGCAGGAGAAUGUACCAAGUCCGCAGGCACACUUUCCAACGCGGAAAUUCAACGCAUCAUUGCUAAAAAUGGGUUAACGCCGACAAUGGACCGUCAAGCGGCAGUUAAAUGGAUUACGUGGGGCUCCGAUCAGUGGGUUUCGUAUGACGAUGGCGAGACUAUGCAAAUGAAGAUUCAGGCCGCGAAUGAGCUCUGCCUGGGUGGCACUAUGAUUUGGACGAUCGACCAAGAUGGCCAAGACAAUACAAGCAGUAAUGAUCUGAUGGGUAUUGGAACGGCGAAUGGAGUUUCUGCUUCUGAUGCCGCAAAGAUACGUGAAAUUCACGCGAGUGCAAAGGCAGCGGCUACUACUCAAAACUCGUGUUAUUGGUCUUUCUGUGGCGAUGAAUGCGCGACUGGGUUUAUCUCCGAGGCCUGGGCUAAAGAUCAAGUAGCGGGCAUUGAGCUCGAUAUGAAUUGCAGCGGUGAUGAGGUUAAGACCCUUUGCUGUGCCCCUGGGACGAAUACGGGUACCUGUGACUGGAGUGGAUGGCGUGGUGUUGGCAUGCCUUGUGCCACCGGUUAUUGUCCUAAUGGAACUGAACUCGUUGCAGUUAAUACAAACUCAUAUACCGACAAUUCAGACUUGGGUGCGAUCCACGAUUUGAGCUGCAAUGGUGGUUCUCAAUCCUACUGCUGCUCUGGCUUUGUGCCAUCAUCUUUUGCCAACACAGACUCACUGAAUCUCAUUGGAGAAGCCGGUCUGACGAAGCGUGGCACUGGAGUUAUUGCAUCCCCUGGUACCAACAGCAACCCAGAUGAGGCAAUCGUUGGGAAAGAACUAUUUAAGCGCAAAGGCGGAUCUUGGUCAGACGAGGAUCCUACCUGUAUCGGUUUCACUAACUUCUUUGCUCUGGUUCUAGGUGGUCAUUUUGUGUGGUCCUUUGGAAGAGCAGUUACACAAUUCGACGGCGCUCCAUUUACCUGGAAUGUUGGCCAAGAGAUUCUCAAUAUGUGCAUGAAACCAACAGAAGUUGUUGCUCAUGAGAAAGCCGCGGGCGCUAAUGGUGUCAUUGCAUCUGCUGCUGCAGCGUAUGGCCAAGGAGCUGUAGGCCCCGGUAUUACCGAUAUCAACAGUGCCAAGGCAACUGUGACUGCGGAGCCAGUGCAACUUCCUCAGACGUAUGGACGAUAUACAAGAAAGUCUUAUGACAAGGAUACGAAGGACUGCUCUUUGACCUACGAAUGCAAGUACGGUUUGGGAUUUGACGAGAUCUGUGACAAUCAGCGCUAUGCUAUCGAAAAGGGGUUUGACCACAAAACUGUUUAUCAUAUUUCGAAAAGGCCCAAGAAGACCUACAAAGACAAAUGGAAUGAUCGUCGGGGUUCGGAGUGGUACAGAGAUGAUUCAUUGGCUGGCGGCUCUGGAAAAUGGGCAAAAAGACACAGUGACGAGUUCCCUCUUGGGUCCUUGCGAGAGGCAGCAAACAAGGCGUAUCAGAUUGUACGCCUCGUGAACGGUCCAGCAAAUGCAGAACAAGGAAAGGACUGGAAAGACUGGCAAGAUGCUAACUGGAUUCCAUGCGUUGAACAGCUUGGACUUUGGAAAGCCAGACAAAGUCCAGUGACUUGGAAAUUUUCGGACUUCCCCGAAGGUGACAACCGAGCAAAUGCAGCACUGGAUGGUGAACAUUUCCUGCAGUAUUACGGGUUUGAUUCUCAAACACGUGACAGUGAAUGCUGGGCUACCUACACCUGGGAAAUAGGUGCUCGAGCAGGAACGUCAACUGUAUCUGAUCAAGGAUUCCGUGUUAUGCCUGAUGAUCCAAUGUUCUAUGCUCCCUAUAACUGGCCCCAUUUCAACAACUAUAAAGCAGCGCCCUCGGAAGAUAAUCUUCCCACGGAGAUCUUCUCCGCUCAGUGGUUAAAACGCGAGAUAGCGCGGUCUGUUCUUCAAGACGAUCUGCCUCUUUCAGCAAUUUUUGAGGCCGAGAAAGCAGUUGAGAUCAUUCAAGCAAGUGAAGUCUCCAGUGAAUUUAGGCCUACAGAUCCCGCAACACAUUCGCGCGAUCCAACCGACCAAGGAAGCAAUGGCGGUACCAGCCAUCAAUCUAUCGUGGCUGAUCUUCCCCAAAUGACAGGACAUGCUCAUGGUCGAGCCCACUUGCAUGAUCACGGACGACGGAGACCGCACUAUUAA